AUGUAUCUUUAUAAUCUUACAUUACAAAAAUCAACAGCAAUCUUUCAAUCAGUAAGUGGAAACUUCUCAGGAUCGAAGGCAGUAGAAAUAAUCGUAUCGAAUGGACAUGCAUUAGAGUUGUUGAGACCCGAUGACUCUGGUCGAUUGGAUCACGUGUUGUAUAGUGAAGCAUUUGGUGUCAUUCGUUCAAUAGCUCCUUUUAGAUUGACUGGUGGUUCAAAAGACUAUCUCAUCGUUGGUAGUGACAGUGGUCGUGUUGUCAUUCUCGAAUACAAUCCAUCAAAGAAUGUCUUUGAAAAGGUACAUCAAGAAACAUUUGGUAGAUCAGGUUGUCGUCGUAUCGUACCAGGUCAAUAUAUUUCAACUGAUCCAAAAGGAAGAGCUUUUAUGAUUGGAGCAAUUGAAAAACAAAAGUUGGUAUAUAUUUUAAAUAGAGAUUCACAAGCUAAACUAUCGAUUAGUUCACCUUUGGAAGCACAUAAAGCACAUACGAUCGUAUUCUCAAUGUGUGGUGUAGAUGUUGGCUUUGAGAAUCCAAUCUUUGCGACCAUCUCGGUCGACUAUUCGGAAGAGACAAAUAUCGAGGACGUUGAGGAGACUCACAACACAAAGGUAUUAACAUUCUAUGAAUUGGAUUUGGGUCUCAAUAAUGUGGUUAGAAAGUGGAGUGAAGAGGUGGAUAGAAGUGCGAAUCUAGUCGUGUCGGUGCCAGGUGGCUCGGAUGGCCCGGGUGGUGUGUUGGUGUGCGCACAAGGUCGUGUAUACUACCGCAACAUAGGACAUGCCGACAUAUCAGUAUCGAUCCCACGUCGCAAUGGAAUGACUGAAGAAAAGUCACUCAUGAUCGUGUCGCAUGCAUCACACAAGCAGCGUGACAUGUUCUUUUUCCUCGUUCAAAGCGAGUAUGGAGAUCUCUACAAGAUUACAUUGGAUUAUUCAGGAGAGAUGGUGUCGGGUAUGCAAAUCGCCUAUUUUGACACAUUCCCAACAGCCAACUGUAUUACAAUGCUCAAGAAUGGAUUUUUGUUUGUGGCGUCAGAGUUUGGCGAUCAUGGACUCUACCUGUUCAAGUCGUUGGGUUUGGAUGAUGCACCGACGGCCUCUUCGGCCGGUAACACUGAGAUGGUGUUUUUCGAGCCUGUCUUUGAGCCGCGCAACUUGGUGCUGACGGCAACCAUCUCGUCGCUGUCACCAAUCGUCGACUUUAAGGUGGCCGAUCUUGCACAAGAGGGAACACCACAGAUGUACGCGUUGUCGGGUGUUAGCGAGCGUGCCAACCUGCGCGUGUUGCGUCACGGACUGCCCAUCACGCAGAUGGUCGACUCGCAGUUGCCCGGCACGCCCGCAGGCAUCUGGACGAUUCCACAGAGCUUGACGACGAUGCGUAACCCGCAGUACCAGGGUAUCGGCACGGUUGAGAGCCCGGCCGACCGCUACAUUGUCGUGUCGUUUGUCGGUAGCACGUUGGUGCUCGGUGUCGGCGAGACGGUCGAGGAGGUGCAAGAUUCGGGCAUCCUCUCCACCACCACCACCAUCCUCAUCCGGUCGAUGGGUGCCAACCUCGACUCGAUUGUACAGAUAUUCGCACAGGGCAUCCGUCACAUCAACGCCGAGCGUCGUGUCAGCGAGUGGCGCGCACCCGGAAGAAAGACCAUCUCGAUCGCCGCAGCCAACCAACAACAAGUCAUCAUCUGUAUCGGUGGCAGCGAGAUUAUCUACUUUGAACUAGACCCCGCUGGAAACUUGACAGAGGUCUUUAAAAAGGACAUGCGUAAGGACAUUAAUUGCAUCGAGUUUGCACCGAUCCCACGCGGUCGUACAAUGUCUCGAUUUGUAGCAAUAUCAGAUUAUGACGGACCUGUCCGUAUACUCUCGUUGGAACGUGACAAUAUGCUCAACCAAGUGUCAAUGGUAGACACUGAUCGUCAACAAGUUGAGCAACUAUGUGUCGCUGAACUCAUGGUACAUGAACCAGGUGUCGACCAACAAAUUGUAAACACACAACGUCAGGGUACACUAUUCCUCCACAUUGGUCUAAAGAAUGGUGUGCUAAAGAGAGCAGUCCUCGACGGGUUGACAGGUGAGAUAUCAGACAUGCGUACACGUAUCCUUGGACGUCGUCCCAUCAAAUUCUUUAGAGUCAAGAUCAAGGGCAGUCCUGCCGUCCUUGCAUUAUCGACUCGUGUGUGGAUGUGUUAUUCCAACCUCGGUCGAUAUGAAAUCACCCCUCUCUCUGUCGAGCCACUCGACCACGCCGCAUCACUUUCCUCAGAUCAAUGUCCCGAAGGUAUUGUCGCCACCAGCGAAAACAACCUCAAGAUCUUUUCCAUUGAAAAGUUGGGCGACCUCUUUAACCAAGUGCAAAUCCCACUCUCUUGCACACCCAAGCGAUUCGUCGUUCAUCCCCAAACCAACUAUAUUGUCUCGAUCGAGACUGAACACAAUUUUAGCACUCAGUUUGAACCCGAACUCGCACAAGAUCUCGAAAUGCCACGUGCUGGAAAGGGCAAGUGGAAGUCGGUCAUUCGUAUUUUAGAUCCAGUAUCAAACCAAACAUUGGAUCUUGUAUCUCUCACCAACAAUGAAGCUGCAUUCUCAAUUGGAACGGUCAUGUUCCAAGAAGGUGAGGUCAUGUUGGCUGUAGGAUGUGCCAAGGAUGUUCAGUUGCAGCCACGUGGAUUCUCGUCCGCAUCUAUCCAUCUCUACCAGUUUGUCGAGAAUGGACAAAAGCUGGCGUUGGUGCACACCACCGAGACGGAUCUCAUCCCCCACGCAGUCGGCUCGUUCCAAGGCAAGCUGAUUGCCGGUGUUGGCAACGUACUACGUCUCUACGAGCUCGGAAAAAAGAAGUUGUUGAGAAAAUGUGAGAAUAGAAAGGUGCCAAACCAAAUCACAUCGAUCCAAUCGCAAGGUGACAGAAUCGUAGUGUCUGACGUCCAAGAGUCGGUACACUUUUUCACAUACCGUCGCUCCGAGAAUGUAUUGGUGUUGUUUGCCGACGACACCGCGCCACGUUUUGUUACGUCGUGUGUUAUGCUCGAUUUUGACACGGUUGCGAUUGCCGACAAGUUUGGAACGAUUGCAGUUGUACGUAUGCCACCUAGCAGCGACACUGACAUUGACAUUGAAAAUGAAUUGGAUAUUGGAACGUUGACGACCAAGUCCAAGUUGGCACUUAACGGUGCAGCAAACAAACUCGAACUAGUCGCUUCUUUUUAUGUUGGUGAGACUUGUUGCAAUCUGACUCGUACCUCGUUAAUGGUCGGUGGCAGUGAAGUCAUUAUCUACACCACACUCGGCGGCGCUAUUGGUGCAUUGAUCCCAUUCAGCUCUCGAGAGGAAGUUGAUUUCUUUGCCCAACUGGAAAUGCAAAUGCGUCAAGAAAAGGAGUCAUUGUGCGGGCGUGACCAUCUCUCCUAUCGUUCCUACUAUUUCCCUGUUAAAAAUGUCAUCGAUGGCGAUCUUUGUGAACAAUACUCUACCCUAGAUGCCACCAAACAAAGAUCAGUUGCUGAAGAGUUAAUUCGAAAUCCAUCUGAAGUUUUAAAGAAAUUAGAAGAUAUAAGAUCACAAAAAUUAUUAUAA